AUGUCGGAUAGUGUGGAAAAAGAGGAGGCCGUUUUCCGUUCUGCGGAUAUGUCCUUGGUCCAAUUAUACAUCCCAACUGAAGUUGCUAGGGAGGUUAUUUACAAAGUGGGACAGUUAAACACGGUUCAGUUUAGAGACUUGAACUCAAAAGUCACCGCAUUUCAACGAUCUUUUGUUAAGGAGUUGAGAAAAUUAGAUAAUGUCGAGAGACAAUAUAGACUAUUUAAAAAGGAGUUGGAUUUAAGAAACAUUUCCAUAAAAUUGUAUCCCUAUGAGUUCAGCAUACCUCAGCAGUCAGAUAUCGAUGAGUUGAUUGAAAAUAGCCAAAUACUAGAGGAUCGGGUAUUGCAAUUGCGUGAUUCUGUCGAAACGUUAUAUAGCAAUCAAAAUUAUCUAAAACAAUUUAGGUACACGAUAUCCGCUGUUGACAAAUUCUUUCAUAUUCAAGGGGACGUGGUGACUAGUGAAGAAAACGCUUUGUUGUUGGAGUUGGAAGAAGGACACCAAGGGAAUGUUCAUUCUUCUUCUUCUUCUUCUUCUUCAUCUUUCAUUGCAGGUACUAUUAAUACCGACAAAAUUGGUGUUUUACAACAAAUCCUUUGGAGAACUUUGAGAGGUAAUAUGUAUUACCAUAGCGAAGCAUUGGAAGAAGACGAAAUUUACGACGCUAAACAUAACUCAUUUGUAGCCAAAAGUUCAUUCAUCAUUUUUGCCCACGGAUCCUUAAUUCAUGAAAGGAUAAAGAAAAUUUGUGAAUCGUUGGAUGCUCAGGUGUUUAACGUUGAAGCAUCGCGCGAGUUGAGAAAAGAUCAGUUGGCUAAAGUGAACAUUAAAUUAACCGAUUUAUCAACAAUUUUGACCGAGUCUCAAAAUGCGCUUACAUCAGAGUUGAUUGCAAUUGGUCAAGACCUUUACAAAUGGUGGGAAACUAUUGCAAGGGAAAAGGCAGUUUACACUACAAUGAACUCAUGUGACUAUGACGGUUCCAGAAAAACAUUGAUUUGUGAAGGUUGGACACCAACUGAUUCAAUUCAAGAUUUAAAUCAAACUAUUCUAAAUGACGACCAGGAAGCAGCACGUGGACAAUCAAUCCCUACAAUAAUUAAUGUUCUCACUACCAAUAAAGUACCACCAACGUGUAAUCGUACUAAUAAGUUCACUUAUGCUUUCCAAGCUAUAUGUGAUGCAUAUGGUGUACCAAGAUACAAAGAAAUUAAUCCCGGUUUGCCAACAAUCAUUACAUUCCCAUUUAUGUUUGCCAUUAUGUUUGGUGACAUGGGCCAUGGGUUGAUUGUGCUUCUUGCUGCACUAGCGAUGGUUUUGAAUGAGAAAAAGUUGAAUGCGAUGAAAAAAGAUGAAAUCUUUGAUAUGGCAUACAGUGGACGUUAUAUCUUGUUGUUGAUGGGUAUUUUUUCAAUGUAUACAGGAUUCAUCUACAAUGAUGUGUUUUCAAGAUCAAUGUCAUUUUUCUCCAGCGGUUGGAAAUGGCCCCAACACUUUAAAGUAGGCGAAACCAUUGUCGCGAAAUCAGUGGGGACAUAUAUUUUCGGUUUGGACUCGGCAUGGCACGGCGCUGAAAAUGCUUUGUUGUUUUCAAAUUCAUACAAGAUGAAACUAUCAAUCCUCAUGGGGUUCAUUCAUAUGACUUAUUCUUAUUUCUUUGCCCUUGGCAAUUUCAUCUUUUUUGAUAGUAUGAUUGAUAUUGUGGGCAACUUUAUUCCUGGAUUAUUAUUCAUGCAAAGUAUCUUUGGUUACUUGUCACUUUGCAUUGUUUACAAAUGGACAGUAAACUGGUUUGAAAUACAGAAACAACCACCUGGAUUAUUAAACAUGUUAAUUUCAAUGUUCUUAUCGCCUGGUCAAGUUGAUGAGCAAUUGUUUCCUGGUCAAUCUCAAGUUCAAGUUUUUUUACUCCUAGUUGCUCUAGUUUGUGUUCCGUGGUUGCUAUUGGUAAAACCACUUUACCUUAAAAGGCAAUUGGACAAGAAAUCCAAAAAUAUAGCACUGUAUUCACAAUUGCCGAAUGAUGAAGAGUCUGGGGAAAGCAACGAGGAAACCGUUCACGACGAUGAUGAGGAAGAACACGAGGAGCACGGGUUUUCGGAUAUAAUGAUCCACCAAGUGAUUCAUACUAUAGAGUUUUGUUUGAAUUGUGUUUCCCAUACAGCAUCUUAUUUGAGAUUGUGGGCUUUAUCCUUGGCCCAUGCACAGUUAUCUACGGUUUUGUGGUCCAUGACAAUAAGCAAGGCUUUUGGUCUUACUGGUAUUACUGGGGUCAUCGCUGUGGUUUUCUUAUUUGCCAUGUGGUUUGCAUUGUCGAUUUGUAUAUUGGUGGUUAUGGAAGGCACUUCGGCAAUGUUGCAUUCAUUGAGGUUGCACUGGGUUGAAAUGGAUAAUAAGAGACAAUCUAGUGUUUUAGGCGGAGCCAGAGGCGACUCUAGUAGAGAAGUAGCAUUGAAUCCCUACUCUACCUUUUACUCUCAGAAUCGAGAAAAACCUGUAAAGUUACAGAGCUUGCAAACUUUACAAACUCUUUCAAGUGUACCUGCGACACUAUCGAGCAGAGCGAGAUUGUGGAGCAAUACUUUGUACCUUGAUCCCUUGGCAAGUAGCCUAUAA